AUGAAGCUCAGUGCCAUUCUUAUCGUGGUACUACUUGAGCCGAUGCUCGCGCAAGGUAUGGCUCGUCGGGACAAUUCAGCUGAGAAAACUGAUCUUGCUGAGCUUGAAGACGAUUACAAUGUUAACGCUAAUCUUGGUGAUAGUCCCUCAUACUUAGAUGAGAAUUUGAAGUCGCCGGAUGUUAAUUCUUUGACUCUUGAGAAGAAGAAUGAAGAGCGGCGGUGA